CUAGCCUAUGAUGAGAGAGCAAGUUUCUUCCCUGGAGCCUGAAGACCUGUGUUUGCAGCUUCCUUCUCCUGCACAGGAGACUCUUGGUCUGGGAUGAACAAACACUUCUUGUUGCUCUUCCGCCUGUGCUGCCUCAUUGUGGCAGUGACAUCACUUAGGUGCACGACAUGUCACCUUCGCACACGGACAGACCACUGCAGAAGAGGCUUUGGUGUCUGUACUGCUCAGAAGCAUGAGACAUGCAUGGUAUUAAAGAUCUUUCAGGAUGAUGCUCUCCAGAUAUCAUAUAUGGUGUGUCAGAGAUUCUGCAGAGACUUGACAUUAUAUCUCAAUAAUCGAAUUUAUGUUCAUAAAUGCUGUAACUAUGAUUAUUGUAACUUCAAACUCUAAGCUAUUUGCCCUCCCAAGGUCUCACUGGGGAAUGUUACUGAUGUUUCUCACCCUUCACACUCUGCCUAUCCUUGCUUUCUUCCUCUGUCUGUCCUGACAAUAUCCCUGCCCUCUCCUUAAUUGUCAUCCCUCCUGGUACCUUCAGCUUGCUCCUCCUUCAGUCAGGGAACAAUGGUUCUGAACAGUGAAUUUCUUCUAUUACAGGGAUUAUUAGCAUUUCCAUACUUCAAGAAGCCUGGCCCAAGAGGCUUUACAUAGUAAAAUUUAAAACAAGGCCAUGCUAGAACUUUUUGGUUAGAAGGUUAAGGUGGACUAGAAAGACUUCAGCUAGAAGUUCACAAAUAUUUUUACCUAAAAUGCCCAUGUAUCACUAUAAUGAUUUAGCAGAAAUAACAACAAAAUGAAUGGUGAACACUGAAGAUUUUCCUCUAUGGACACAAAGUUAUUUCUACAAGCAGCCAGUGCCCACUUAAGACUCAGUCAUUGUGAUUUUCUUGACACUUACAAAGUACAUCCUUACACAUGCUAGGAGACAGGCCUCUGUGACAUUCACAGCUCACACACAGCCACUGCUAUACCUGUCAAUAUGCAUUCAAGGUGCAUCACAGCUCUCCUUUCUUCCCCGUCCUUUCCUAAGGCUUCUCUCUUGCUUUACUCCUUUGCCAUUCAUCCCCUCUAUUCCCUCCCCACCUCCCCAUUGCCACACAGACUCUCCCUCUAGAAGCAGGAUGCCCUUCAACACUCUGUCCCAUAUAUCACGGGGCCCCUCAGGUAUGUAACCCAGGCCAGGCUGCCUUUCAGGAUCCCUCAGCUGUGGUGAAAAGUGGGACGUGCACAGUCAACACUCCAUCUGCUGUGGGCAGCUUUUUUGGGUCUUGGGGGACCACCUCACAAUAGAUCCAAGACUCCUCCUGUUCCUCGCUGCCCAUCUGCAAAUAAUAAAGGCAUGUUCCAUAA